CUCUCCAUCCCGAACAAGCAACUCGACAGCACCCACAAUGAACCCCUCCCGCCCUCUGCAGCGAGUAAGUCGCAUACUCAGCCGCCCGUCGACCAUCCGGGGGGUAUCGCGGAGCUUCACCAGCUCCAUCCCGUCGCUAUCAUCACCACCAUCAUCAACCGGCCGACCUACGCGGGGAUGGACGCCCACGCCAUUUGUUACAGAGACAGUAGGCGGAGGCUGGCACACCUACGACAUCUUCUCCCGCCUCCUAAAAGAGCGCAUAAUCUGCCUAAACGGCGAAGUCGACGAAACGAUGUCCGCGUCCAUCGUAGCGCAACUCCUCUUUCUGGAAGCCGAUAACCCGCAGAAGCCCAUUCACCUAUACAUCAACUCUCCGGGAGGCUCGGUCACAGCAGGCCUAGCAAUCUACGACACAAUGACCUACAUCGCCAGCCCCGUCUCAACAAUCUGCGUAGGCCAAGCAGCAUCAAUGGGCUCGCUGCUACUGUGCGGUGGGCACCCUGGCAAAAGAUACUGCCUGCCACACUCAUCGAUCAUGAUCCACCAGCCCUCGGGCGGGUACUUCGGACAGGCCAGCGACAUCGCCAUCCACGCCAAGGAGAUCCUGCGCGUGCGCAGCCAGCUGAAUAAGAUCUAUCAGCGCCAUCUGACGGGGAAGAAGGUUCUGUCGCUGGAUGAGAUUGAGAAGCUCAUGGAGCGGGAUUAUUUUAUGGGGGCUCACGAGGCGCUCGAGAUGGGCAUUGUCGAUGAGAUCUUGGAUCGGAGGGUUGGUGCCGCUCCGGAGGCGGGGUCCAAGGGUGAUAAUAAUGAGGGGGUCGAUGGCGAUGGUCAGGGGGAGCAGUAGAUUUCGUCGGAUGGUGCUUGGGGUCGGGGAGGUUGAUGCUCUACAUACAUACCCUUGUUUGUUUUCUUUGCUGGUUCUUGUCUUGUGGAUGUACGUUUAUGUGAUGCUAUGAGAUGAUUUUGUAUUG